AUGAGCUGUUUCCGAAUCCGUCCGGCAGAGCCCCAGGACUGUCCUGAAAUCCUGCGCCUCAUUAAAGUAAGAGGGACAGUGAAGUGUGCAGGCAUCUAUCCCUGAGAACUAGCUGCAUAUGAAAAUAUGCCAAAUGCAGUAAAAUUAACAGAAAAAGAUUUGCUUGAAGAUGGCUUUGGCGAACAUCCUUUCUACCACUGUCUAAUAGCAGAGGUGCCAAAGGAGGGACAAACAGGAAGUAGUUGCAUUGUAGGCUAUGCUAUGUAUUACUUUACAUAUGACCCUUGGAUUGGCAAGUUACUUUACCUGGAAGACUUCUAUGUCAUGGAACCGUAUAGAGGCUUGGGCAUUGGCUCGGAAAUCUUAAAGAGAUUAAGCCAGAUAGCAAUCAAAACAAACUGUAGCUGCAUGCAUUUCCUUGUAGUCAUUUGGAACAAGCCAUCUAUAGAGUACUAUGUGAGACGUGGAGCUUUAGACCUUUCCACUGAAGAGGGCUGGCAUCUCUUCAGAUUUGACAAAGAGAAUCUUCUCAGAAUGGCAUCUGGAGAAUGAAGGAAGUUCCCAUUCACCAUUCCAAGAUUUGUGAGAGAUUAGAUUAUUACUCUGCAAUCAGUUUGUCCUGCUUUCGGUUCUGCGCAAUAGAACAUCUGCUGCUAACACUAUGGAGUUCCAGUUUGUUAUGUAUUUAACAAGAUUAAUCAAGUCUAUGUAACUGCUUUGUUUUAUGACCAGCAGCCUUUAUUACUAUUCCGUACUAUUAGAGUUACUAAAGUUUCUUUCAUCGUUUGUUACAUCACUGGACACCAUUCAAAGAGACCCCAUGUUUAUCUCCCCCCAUCACAUUAACAAAUAGAUGUAUAUGUUAAAAGUGUUACUGUACUGUAUGCAUUGUAUCACAAGCUUAUUUAUAUUUAAAGUAAUCCUGCCUGCUGCAAAAACAAGUCUUAUGUUACUAACCUUUUCCACGAUGUGACGUCAUCAGUAUGAUGAAUGAUUGCAUCCUCAUCUUUCAGGCAGGUAGUAGCCAAUCAGGAUUAGAAUUUUUCAUCUAGUUCUUUCUCAUCUCGGAGGUGCAAGUAGGCAUCCCCUGUUCAUGAGCAAUGUAGCUGGAGAACAUGAUCAUCUAAGCUAGUCACUUUGUCUGAGACUAGUCAUUCACUGUGGCAUUUGUGGUCAGUUUUCAUAUUGGUGUUGCUACAUCACAGAGAACAAGGUGAGAGAGAUUUUUUUUCUUGUGAUGCUGGUGCUACCAUUAAUGAAUGAUGAAUGGAUCCAGCUACCAGGGAGGAAGGAGUAACUAAGGAGAAGUUAAGACAGACUAGGCUAAAGUGGCAAGAGGAGAAGAUGACCAUGAAGAGCCUAUUCAGAUGAGCAAACCUCCUGAAGGUAGCCUCUUUAAAACUGCUGAGGAAGAACCCCUAUCGGGUCUUGCUGA